AUGUUACAAGAUCAGGGUAAAAAGCUUUUUAAUGCUGCGAAGACGGCCAAGGAUACUGUGGAGCAGAAAGUCACUGCGGCUUUGGAGGUUGUUGUGGACAUGGACAAAUCUCUUAAGGUAGAUUUGAGGACUGUGAGAGAUAAGAUUAAAAGUGAGAUAGGGAGGGUGAUUGAUACGUUGCAGGUUAAGACCUUGGAUAGUUUUGUGAAAAAGGAUUUGGGGACGUUGAAGCAAAGGAUUGAGAAUCUUUCUGCAACUGUUGACAGCAAACCACAAGAUAAUGAUCUUGUGAGAGAACCUUUGAAAACGCUUGAAAAGCAGAAGAGUGAGCUUGAUAAGAUUACUGUCAAGGAUGUUAAUAAGUCGAUCGUGUCGCUGACGAAUGGGCUUGAAAGUAAGUUUAAGGAGCAGAUCCAAACUCCACUUAGCCAAAAGGUCAAUGAUGUUGACACGGCGAUUAAGGUGCUUGGCGGGAAGUUUGAUCAAGGCAGUACGUUGAAGACUAUUGAUAAGAUUUUCGAGCAUAUUAAAGAUAAGGUUGGGGAGAUCAAGGGGAAGGGAGGUUCGGGUUGGAAAAAUGAAGGUGGCAAAGGUCUGCUUGGGAUUAAGAGUAAGGUGGAUUUUUAUUUUAAAGCGUUCAGCGGGCCUAAAUUCGGACACGAAAUUGUCAAAGGCUGGAUUGAAGAGACCAUUUUGAAGCAUAACGGCGCGGUGAGGAAGAUGCUUGAUAAGAAAUUUGCGUAUGACGAUAACAGUGAGAAAGAUGUAUUCACCAACGUCGCAAAUGAGUUUAAGAAACAGCUUAUGAGCGACGCAACUGCAGCCGGUGAAAAGGUUGUAAACGGAAACAAAGGAGCGGGCGGCGGCACCCAAAAGAUUCAUGGAUACGUCAAUGCUGUGAAACAAGGUUGCGAAACAUUCGCCGAUGCGCUUGAUGGGAAGCUGCGCAAUGGGAAUGGGUUCAGUAAAAUAUUCGACGCGGUCAAGGAUAAGAUGCAGAAUAACAGUUUCACACCCUCAAAAUGCAUCUGCGAAAGCGUAGGCUGUACAAAGUGUAAUGGUCGAGGGAAUAACCACGGAACCGAUUGUAAGGAAAAGGCUUUCCUCGCUGCCAUCCUCUGCACACUCACCGCCGUGUCCCGCCAGGUGGGCAACGAACUGAAUUCGGUGUUUCUCAGUCCCGAAGACGCCAACAUAGCAUCCAUCCUGGACACAAUCACGCCGAUUGCUAAGGAACUUGAUGACAAGCUUAACAACGCGACUACCACUCCCCCCGGCCAAACUGAAAGCCCCGCCCAAGCUGUGGACAGAACGUUGCAGGCGGUGAGGGAUUUUUCUCGUCGUCACCAUGCUUCUUCAUUUUCUCAAUCUCCCUACGGAGAUGCUCAUUGA